AUGCACACCCCCACCCUCAUCGCUCUCGCUUUCGCGGCCGUAGCAUCCGCUCGCCCCGCACGCUUCCAACGCCGCGCUGAGUUCACUCUCCAGAAUGGCCAAGAUGCCCUGAAGCUCAAUGCCGAUUUCAAGGCUUUGACGCCAGGCAGCGCCUGCCAGGACGGUACGAACGCCUGUGUUACCAACCAAUUCGCCCAAUGUGUUGGUGGCAAAUUCCUUCUCCAACCUUGUGCGGGUGGAACGAUCUGCGCUGCUCUUCCCUUGGUUAACUCUAAGGGAACUAGCAUCACCUGUACGACUGAGGCUGACCUCAACGCCCGGAUUGCAGCCACUGGUGCCACUGCCGGUGCUGCAGCCCCUCCAGCUCAGGCCCCUCCUGCCGAAGCUCCCCCUGCUCAAGCACCUCCCGCCCAGGCUCCUCCGGCCAACAACAACAACAACGGUGGUGGUCGAGGCGGAGGACGAGGCGGAAACGGUGGAGGCCGAGGUGGCAAUAACGGCAACAACGGUGGCAAUGCAGGUGCCGGCAAUAAUGCUGGCGCUGGCGCUGGCAACAAUGCGGGUGCUGGCGGCGCCGGAGCUGAUGCUCAAUCAUCCUUCACUCUUGACCCUGCUGUCAUUGCAAAGGGUUUCGCUGACGACGGUCAAAACCCACCCACUGCAGGACAAACCGCCUCCAAGACUACAACUAACAACUGGAUCAACUUCUGCAAGCUCACUCUCCCCGGUACUCCUCUCACCGACGGAAAGCAAGUCCAGGGUGGCUCGUGCAACCCGACGCCAAUGGGUCUGCUCCCCUCCAUCGACAAGAUGCCCUCGGCCAAGUUCAACUUCCCCAAGAACACCGACUCAGUAAACGCCAACGUUCCCUUCAACGCGUCUCUUAAUGUGGCAAACUUCCAAACUGGUACCUUCACCAACGCCCAGAGGACCUACUUCUCUGCUCCCCAGACGCUCAACGCACAAGGCGAAAUCAUUGGCCACACCCACAUCGUCAUCGAGGCUUUGCAGAGCAUCGACCAGAUCACCCCUACCGACCCCAAGAAGUUCUUCUUCUUCAAGGGUGUUGACAACCCAGCUGAGAACGGCGAGGCCAUCGCCUUCGUCUCCAAGGGUGUCCCAGCUGGCGCUUACCGCAUGUGCUCGAUCAACACCUCUGCCAACCACGCCCCCGUUGUCGGCCCCAUCGCGCAACACGGUUCGUUCGACGACUGUGUCUACUUCACCGCCAAGUAA